CAAACUCAGAAUCUUCUUAUUGUAAGUCACAUCUGCUGUCACCAUGUCCUACAACUGUUGCUCUGGAAAUUUCUCCUCCUGCUCCCUUGGAGGCUACCUGCGCUACCCAGGCUUCUCCUGUGGCUAUUCCUACCCCAGCAACCUGGUCUACCGCACUGACUUCCACUCUCCCAGCACCUGCCAGCUGGGGUCGUCUCUCUACAGUGGCUGUCAGAAGACCUGCUGGGAGCCCACCAGAUACCAGGCACCCUGUGUGGUGUCCAGCCCCUGCCAGAGGUCCUGCUACCGCCCGAGGACCUACACACUCUGCAGUCCCUGCCGGUCAACUUAUGCUGUGUAUCUGGGCUCUGGAUCCAGAAGCUGCUAUUCACUGGGUUGUGGAUCGCGUGGCUUCAGACCCCUGGCUUAUGGAGUCUGUGGCUUCCCUUCCCUGGGCUAUGGAUCCAGAUUCUGCUGCCCAACCUACUUUCCUUCCAGGAGUCUCCAUUCAUCUGGUUACUGGCCCCUUUGUAGAUCUGGCUUCUACUGAUUAAUCUGAAGAAGAGCCAAACUUGUUUGAGAAAUGCAGAUUCUGUUCUCAAAUUAUCUAUUAUCUUAAUUUCCUCCCUUGAAAAGUGUUCUAAUAUUCCCUGACCACCAGCAAUUCUUUACCUCUCCAGCCCUUAAACACUAGCCGAUAGAUUAACUCCGUCAAACU